ACAGCCACAACGUGGCAAAUCGGUGACAAUAUUGUCAGUGAAUUGUAGCACAGUUGAUUUACGGAGUGGUUAUAGUAAAUAUUUUUUGACAGCGAAGAAUAUCGAUUGAGAAUUUCUAUCCAGUGGACUAUUCGCGAAUUUAAUGACGGUGAGACGUGGAAUCUCACCGACGAAGCUGAUUUAUUUACUCUCGAAAUGAAGUGAUAGUGUGAUUUACCAAAAUCAAGGGAUCAGAUGUUACUGCAAUAGGUUACGCCUUGCAGAAAUGAAUGUUCAUCGAGUACCUCAAUCAGUGAUUAGAAAUCUAAGAAAUAGUGAAUAACGGGAUUCCAGUAGUUACUACUACAUGCGUUUUAGAGAGAGAAAAUUCAUCACGUAUGUCAAUUGGUUUUUGGUUGAAAAAAUUGUAGAGCUUUCACAAUGAAACGUAAAAAUGGUAGACAAGAUUCCAUCGAGUACGGUCAGCUCAGUACCCAUGAUGAUCAUGAAUCAGGAAAUAUCCGGGGAGAUGAAGGCAGUAUUGCCCUCCUCUUGUUCUUAUAUCUCCUCCAGGGUAUCCCGCUCGGAUUGUGCAGUGCUAUUCCAAUGAUCCUUCAGAAUAGUCAUGUAUCGUAUAAACAACAGGCGGAAUUUAGUUUCGUUCUGUGGCCAUUCUCCCUAAAAUUAUUCUGGGCUCCAAUUGUCGAUGCAAUAUACUCCCAGAAAUUUGGGAGACGAAAGACAUGGCUAAUACCCAUACAAUACACCAUGGGUAUGUUCAUGCUGUAUUUGUCCGGACAUGUGCAACAGUGGAUGAAUGAUAGUCAGCCGAGUAUUGGAUUACUUACCGUAUUAUUUUUUUCGCUUAAUGUGCUUGCGGCAACUCAAGAUAUUGUUGUCGAUGGCUGGGCACUUACGAUGUUGAAGAGAAACAAUGUAGGAUAUGCUUCCACCUGCAAUAGCGUUGGUCAGACUGCAGGAUAUUUCUUAGGAUAUGUUCUUUUCAUGGCACUAGAGUCUCCUGAAUUUUGUAAUGCAUAUCUUCGGUCCACUCCAGCGACUGAGGGACUUAUAACACUGCCUGGAUUUUUAUACUUUUGGGGAUGGGCUUUUAUCGUUUGCACCUCGAUGGUUGCUAUUUUCAAACGUGAAACUGAUGAACAACAUUCCCAAACAAAUGAUCUCUGGGAAGAUGUAAAACACUCGUACAGUUUACUCUGGGCUACAAUGAAAUUACCAACUAUUAAAAUGACAGCUUUGAUUCUACUUACUUCCAAGAUUGGAUUUUCUGCGUGUGAUGCCGUGACAGGCUUGAAGCUUAUAGACGUCGGUGUACCAAAAGAAAAAAUAGCCUUGAUGGCAGUUCCUCUGAUACCACUGCAGAUUGUCUUGCCAUUAGCCAUAUCCAGACACACUGUGGGCCCUCGACCACUUGAUGUCUUUCUGAAAGCCAUGCCUUACAGACUCUUGUGCGGUCUGAUCGCCGCGGGAUUGGUGUGGAUAACACCCUUUUUCAUACAUAAUGGCGAGGUUUCGCCGUAUUAUUUUGUCCUCCUUGUUCUCCUAUAUGUUUUCCAUCAGAUAACAGUAAGUAGUAUGUUUGUUGCUUCUAUGGCAUUUUUUGCCAAAGUGAGUGAUCCUGCUGUGGGUGGAACUUACAUGACGUUCCUGAAUACACUUUGCAAUCUCGGAGGCAACUGGCCCACGACAGCUGCACUCUGGUUCGUCGAUGCUCUCACUUGGAAAUCGUGCAGCAGUGAUGUCAGUAAUGAUUGUGCUACACCCGCGGCACAAGAGCAAUGCGAGCUCAAUGGCAAGUGUAUCACACGACUAGAUGGAUUUUACCUUGAGAGCAUCGUCUGUGUAUUAAUUGGAAUCAUAUGGUUCAGAUGGGGAAAAAGGAAAAUAAAUUACUUGCAGUCCAGACCGAUGAGUGAUUGGAAAGUCGUGUCGCACAGGAGUUAACGUUUACUGGUUGUCUAGAUCUUUAUUCAUGAUAAUUCAUCCGAUUGUUUCAUUAACUCCUCCAUAUCCAUUUAUUUAUUGAACACGAAAUAUUUUCGAUUGACCUUUGAAAAUUGAAUGAACUGUUCAAAUCAGCACAAUAAUGACCGAAAUUCUUCAGUUUGUAUGCCACCAUUCCAACGAGUUUAAUGAGCAUGUUUUUAGAAAGAUUCAUUUAUCAUUGAAAAAUUGUAAAUAAAGAAUAAAACAAUUUAUUUAAAUGAAAAUUUUAUUAAUUCCACUUUUAUUCUUUCUUUUUCAAUCGCAUUUUUCACCCACCCCACACUCAUUCUUGAGUGUCGUUCUCUUGACGAGCGGAUGGUCGUUGAAGAGAAUUUUUAUGAUGACCCCAGUUUCAUCAUUAGUCCAACGAGGGUCCAGAUCAAAGCCAGAUGAAUCUGACACUGGGCUUGUAGAAAGCUGCGAUUUAGGCGUAGUCACUGGUUCCCCAGGAGCUUCAUCUUUCCAGGGUUGACGCAGCUUCUCUCCUCUUCGAAGCACAGGACAGCCAGGGGUGUCAUCGUCGUCGUUAUCGUCAUCGUGAGACACGUACGGUCCAAACUGAUGGCACGUGCUUGUGCUUGUAUUGAGAAGUACGUAAACUAUCGAUGAAUUGAUAAUUAACAAUAAUAACCUGCACAUGGUGUUGCUGCGAAUCGCACUAUAAGUAUAAGGCUCUUGGAGAUCUGGCCUCUCAGGGAUUUUAGUGUUCAUUUCUGUCAGUGUUAAUCAAUUGGGGUACUUUUAUAGCCGCCAUUGGUAGAUGAUGGAUUGUUAAUGAGGAAAAUAUGUGGAGUUAUUCAAUGGGUUUUUACAGAAGUGAAAAAGGAAAAAAUAAUGAAGAGGUAAAAAAUUUUCAUGUCGAUAUAUAAAUAAGUACAGAAUCUUGAUCAAAUUAGAUGUAUUUCUCUGAAAUUUUACAACAUUAAUCACAGACGAAAAUAGCGAGCGCUGAAUUCCCUACAGGCCUAUGGUACAACAUAAAAUAUGAAUAGAUCAACACUUUUCGUCCGCUAAUAAUUCACUCUAUUUCGAGAAAAAUAUAGAAAAUCUAACGUCCAUUGUACGCUCAGCGACUGUUGGAUGAUGAAUGUGGUGAGUGUGAUGAAUGCAGUCUUUUUUGGUUGAACAAAAAUCGUGGGGAUUCGGUAUUUGUAUUUAUAACUAAAAUGAUUCAACCAUCAUCUUGUACUUGAUUGAAAAGUUAACGAUUGUAUGAGUCACUCGAUAGAAUCGGUUGUUUAUCGGCAUUCUUCUGAGAUUGCGAGCGAGCCGCUUUGAAUUUUAAACCGGAGCCCCAUUUGCUGCGUGCUUGGGCUUGCUCGGCUUCCAGAGUCGUCAUGAGAACGGAAUAGGAGUUGGGACCAGUCGCCUCAAUGCUGUGGUGGAUACCGUACAAGAAGUAGAUGAACAUUCC